AUGCAUUCGCUUGCUCUGCACAUGGAGACUCUGUAUCGUAUUGACUGUGAUGCGCAUCACAGCGUAGCCGUAGCCGUAGCCUACCUACCUGCUUACAACUGCUGCAAGCCCCGAGAGUUCACACGCAUAUGCGCAUGGGAAACUAGGAUAGCAAUGUCACACCGACUUACUUUGCAGUUCUGGUUUGUCAGGUCAGGGGGACGCAUGAAAUUCGGUGUCGUACAAUCCGUGGUUGCAUAUUCCAAAAGAAAGGAUGAAUGUCAAGUCAGAGAGGCACAGCAGAGCACGACAGCGGACAGCGGACAGCGGGCGGACGGGACAGCCCUCCGGGCUGAAGAUGGGAUCCACAAUGUUGGGUUCGGGGUUCCAUUCUGGUAUGACAGACCGGCUGCCCUACUUGCCCUACUGUAUUACGGUAUCAGAAAAUCCUCGAGGGACAUGUUCCUUCGUACUAUGUUGGUAGCUAUACGUGCGCGCUGCGAGGGCAUUAACCAGUUGGGAUUCUACAUACUAGUCCCAGGUCCCUGGUCUGUACUUUACAAGGUCCAAUCACUUCUGUUAUUAUGGAUGAUGCUGUUGGGUUCAACGGGCGGCCAGUCAUCGGCUAAAUUGGAGGCUGCAUAUGGUGACCUGGGACUGGCAGCCUGGCAGCCUGGGCACUCAGUUGCAUCAUUUCCUCUCGACUGGUUGCUAGCUGAAUUCGAGGGACUUUUUGAGAUUGCACGUCCAAAAGAGUCUACUACUACUACUACUACUACUACUACGUAA